AUGGCUUCAGCUUUACGGUCUACAGCCUUCGGGCUUGGUCGCAGUAUCCGGAAUACGCCCUCUACAUCAAAUGCCUUUCGCCAAUGCCGCGGUCCGGCAGCGCGCUCAUAUUCGACCUCCGAUCACCUCCCGAAGAUCGCGGAUACCUCAGUAUGGACGGCUAUGAUCCCGAAAUUUAUUCGUAACAGGGGAGCGCGCAAGGAUCCGAAGAAGGAAAAGUCCAAAGAAUGGAACCCUGCUACAUUCUACAUCAUCAUCUUUACGUUGAUCGGCUCCCAGGCCAUUCGCAUGAUCACAUUGAAGAACAGCUAUUCAGCAUAUACCCGCACGACAGACGCGAAGAUCGAGUUGCUGCGGGAGGUCAUUUCUCGAGUCAAAAAUGGGGAGAAGGUCGAUGUCGAGAAACUGUUGGGCACAGGCGACGAGGCGAAGGAGAGAGAGUGGGAUGAAGUACUGCGUGAGAUCGAGGCGGAAGAUUCCUUGUGGCAUCAGAAGAAGACCGCCCACUCAAAUCAGGAGGAGCCCCAGGAGCCCGUGAAAGAGGAGAAGCAGAAACAGCCUACACAGCCUCCUCAGGAAGAGGACAACGGAAGUGCUAAGCCCGAAACAAAGAGGAAGAUGAGGUUCUAUUGA